AUGACCUCCACCUCCCUCACCCCCGAGUCGACAGCGGUCCCCAACUCCACCACCACCCGCCCUCCGCCCUCCACGACCAGCCGAAAAAAGGCCCUGACCAAAUCGCACUUCCUCUCCGGCGGCGCCUCUGGCAUCCUCUCUGCAGUUCUCCUCCAGCCCGCCGACCUGCUCAAAACCCGCAUCCAGCAGGCGCCCCCCAGCGGCUCCGCAACAGCAACGCUAAUAGCGACUGUCCGUACAAUCAUCCGCUCCGACACGCCCAUCCGCUCCCUCUGGCGCGGCACCGUCCCAUCCGCGCUCCGCACCGGCGUUGGUUCCGCCAUCUACUUCUCGGCCCUCAACACCGUGCGCACCUCCGUCGCCAAGUCGCGGCUCCUCCCCGGCGACGCCAAUGCGCUCAAGACCGGCUCGUCCGCGCUGCCCGUGCUCAGCCCGCUGGGGAACCUGCUCACGGGCGCGGGCACCCGCGCCGCCGUCGGCUACGUCGUCAUGCCCAUAACGAUCAUCAAGGUGCGCUACGAGUCCAGCAUGUACAAGUACACGUCGAUGCUGCAGGCCGUGAAGGACAUCCUCCGUGUGGAGGGCUUCCGCGGGUUCUUUUCGGGGUGGGGCGCUACGGCGAUCAGAGAUGCGCCGUAUGCGGGGCUGUAUAUCCUGUUCUAUGAGCAGAGCAAGAAGAGCCUGAGUAUCCUGUACUCUACCGGGAGGAAGAUGGAUAAUAGUGUGGCGGCAAUGAUCAACACUGUCAGUGGGGCGGGCGCGGGCGCGCUGGCUACGGCGAUAACGAAUCCCUUUGAUGCGCUGAAGACGCGGAUCCAGGUCGAUCCUGGGCGGUACCGGAAUCUGUGGCAGGCGGCGAAGCUGGUGGUCACCGAGGAGAGCGGGCGCAUGAGGGGGCGGGCGCUGUUUGAUGGGCUGGGGUUGAGGAUUGCGAGGAAGGCUGUGAGCAGCGCGGUCGUGUGGACGAUCUACGAGGGGUUGGUUAGGUGA